UUUUAUUCGUCUUCCCAAAAGUAGAUUAUUUGUUUGCACUAUUCUUUUCCAGCGCUCGUCCUGCGCAGCGCAUCUACGACGCUCUUGAAUCACUUCCGCGGAUGUAUGCGCAAUUCCUCGCGUCUACGACAAUCCUGACGCGUCCGUGGUGAGCUGCGCCGGAAGUGGCCGGCGGCGUCUCGCUAGCAGCUCGCGCUAACCGGACCGGGACCGGUGGAGUCGACGCCGGAGCCGAAGCGUCAGGAUUACACCGGGCCGUGCGGUCAGACCGCGCAUCCUCUCCGAACCCGGGGUCACCUGCAGUUGGAGGCUGUGAGGAAGCAGGAAGUGACGCGCUUGAAGGGCUUUUGUUUGGGGGCGUGGCCUGUAGGCGUCUUCUAACUCGCGAUUGGCGAACAGGUGUCCAGCCAUCCUGCUGUGGCUCUGUGGGUGCGGAGUGGGCGGAGUCAGGCUCGGACUCGGGCUGUGAUUGGCUGAGGGUGAUGAGUGGGUUGACGGGGGCUCACUGGCGGCGGGGGGGCGGGAUUGUGGUUCGCGAGCGGGGGCGGGGCAUGGACUCUUCAUGCUGGUUGGCCCCUGGGGCCCUGCGGCGUCUGUUCGAGCUGCCGGCACCCAUUCUGUCGCGGCACCAGCUGAAGCGUCUGGAGAAGCACCGCUACAACAGCUCGGGCCGCUCGCUGCUCGAACCCGUCAUGCAGCGCUACUGGGAGUGGCUGGUGCACAGGAUGCCGCCCUGGAUCGCGCCCAACCUCAUCACCAUCGUCGGUUUAGCGACGAACAUCUUCACCACGCUGGUGCUGGUGUAUUACUGCCCGACCGCCACCGAACAGGCUCCUCUCUGGGCGUAUCUGCUGUGCGCGGUGGGGCUGUUCAUCUAUCAGUCACUGGACGCCAUCGAUGGGAAACAAGCGCGGCGCACUAACAGCAGUUCACCACUGGGGGAGCUGUUCGACCACGGCUGUGAUUCGCUCUCCACUGUGUUUGUGGUUCUGGGCACCAGUAUCUCCGUGCAGCUGGGCUCUCACCCCGACUGGAUGUUCUUCUGCUGUUUCUCCGGUAUGUUCAUGUUUUACUGCGCUCACUGGCAGACCUACGUCUCCGGCACGCUGCGCUUCGGCAUUAUUGAUGUGACAGAAGUGCAGAUCUUCAUUAUUGUGCUGUAUCUGCUGGCUGCUGCGGGCGGAGCGGCUUUCUGGCAGUCUCCGAUUCCUGUGAUAAACAUCCAAAUGAAGAUCGUUCCAGCGCUGUGCACGUUAGCGGCGGUGGUGUUCUCCUGCAGCGGAUACUUCAGGGUCAUAUUCACAGGCGGAGUGGGGAAGAACGGGUCCACUAUAGCGGGCACCAGUGUGUUAUCGCCCGUCCUGCACAUCGGCUCAGUUAUCAUCCUCGCCGUGAUGAUUUAUAAGAAAUCAGCCGUGCAGCUGUUUCAGAAACACCCCUGUCUCUACAUCCUGGCCUUCGGCUUCGUUUCGGCUAAAAUCACUAAUAAACUAGUGGUGGCUCACAUGACCAAGAGUGAGAUGCAUCUUCAGGACGUGGUGUUUCUGGGCCCCGGCCUGCUGUUCCUGGAUCAGUACUUCAACAGCUUCAUCGACGAGUAUCUGGUGCUGUGGAUCGCUCUGGUUCUGUCUCUGUUCGAUCUGGUGCGCUACUGCGUGAGCGUCUGCAACGAGAUCGCAUCCCACCUGCACAUCUGCGUCUUCAGGAUCAAGCCUCAGAGUCCAGUGGGUGCCGUCGAGUGACCGCUCAUACGCUGCUGAACCACAGGAGCCUGACUAAAACAAGGAUAGUCAGGAACAAAUUCAUCAGAUUUGGAGAAAUGUAGCAUUGCAUCAGCGUCUCGGCAAUGGAUGUGAAUGGGUGCCGUCAGAAUGAGAGACUCAUGAAAAACAUCCACAGCACUCCAGUCCUUCAGUUAACAUCUGGAGAAGACAGAAGAUGUGUUUUGAUCUGUGCAGAUUUCUCGCCUGAUUCAGACCAGAACACUUUUUCACUGAAACAAGUGUUUUUAUGGAUUAUAAACGUCUUAACGCUGGAUUUGUUUCAUCUUUUGUCUUCUCCAGAUGUUAACUGACGGACUGGAGUGCUGUGGAUGUUUAUAUCGGACUCUCAUUCUGACGGCACCCAUUCACAUCCAUUGCUGAGACGCUGAUGCAAUGCUACAUUUCUCCAAACCUGAUGAAGAAACAAACUCAUCCUGCUCUGGGAUGGGAAUAAAUAGUUUGUUCCGAACGAAUGAAUAAAUGAACAAACGAACUUCCGAAAGGUCACUUUUCUUUAGGUCAUGAUUUUAAGAUGAUGUUUCUUGCUCUGCAGUAUACCCAUGAUGCAUUGGGGCCGUCGGGGUCUGUAUUUAUCGUUUUAGUGACUCGUUCUCAUGAUUAAAUUGGUUAAGCGAGUGCGAUCAAUGAUUCGGUGGCUGCUAAGAAUGAUUUUCCCGUUUACGGGUUACGUACAUCGAUUAGUUUUGUGUGUUUUAGCUCCAUCUUUGUGAAAUAAUCAGGCUGUAAUUCACUGGUUUACAGACCGAAAGCACUUGGUUUAUCGGUUUAUCGUCUCCUGGAUUAAAUAGCGUUGCGAUCUAAAUUGUGGUGUUUCACGCCGUGCCUGCGAGAAAUGUCUUAUUUCCUUUGAUUUAGAGCCGCAUUCGGUUUUACUUCGCUAUGUCUGAAAUGUUCGGACGUUAAAACUCAGAAAUGCCAAGAAUCGGUAUUUUCCCACGAAGUUUUUCGGUUUCGCUCAUUAGUGACGAGUUUCAAUCAGAGUUUGAACAAUUGCCUUAAACAAAAGUUUGGACAUCUGCAUGCUGUUCUGCUCAUUCUCCUUAUUUCUAAACGUUCCUCUCAGGAGAUUCACAUGAGGUGAAAAUAAAUAAACACCGAUGUAAUAAACUCAAUAAUAAGCUCAAUGCUGCCACCCAGAAAACAAGACGAGAUGACUUUUGAGAAGAUUGUGCAAUUGAUGCUCUUGAUUUGAUUGUUUGCCAAUGAUUAAUAAGUAAUGUGUUCAUCACAUCCAGUAUGAGAGAUAUUAUUAAAUGUGUUGUGUUCUUCUUCUCUUGCAGUAUGAACCGUUGUGUGUUCACAUUUAUUGAUCGUAAGCUUGUUGCCAAAUCCUUCCACUUUAACGAGACAAAAUCUCGCAGAUGGAAACGUCCGAUGAUAUCUUUGUUUGUUUCGCAGUCAGUCAAUGUUUCUGACUCGUAACAAACUCGGUUGGUUUGAUUGUAACAUUGCUCUGAUUUUUAAAUAAAAGCACCUGUAAAAUAAAGAUCGCUAUAUUUAUGAUAACAA